AAGAAUCUGCAAGCUUUCAGGAAACUGCAGACUGUGAAUUUUUUUUAUUUAUUUUUUAAAAUGUAAUCUAUAAUCAGCAGACAUUCAGCCAUAUCUUGCCCCCUUCCUUUGACCCACUGGAUCCUUCACUCCUGAUUGGCCCACAGUGGUCAGGAGGACCCACAGUCUCCCCAUCAAAGCUGAGUGUCAGUGAGAUACUGCAGUAUCCACCUGGACAAACACGGCGAACCAUGACGAGAACAGCAGUCCUCUUUCUGCUCCUGAACCUUUGGAUAACCUGUCUGGCUCUACAGUGCACGGAAGUGCCAGGCAGGCUGAAGCAGAUUGAUGCUGGGAAUGGACAGGUGUUUGGAGUGUGCCCAAAAGGUGACAUCUUCACCCUGUACGGAUCCAGCUUUAUAAGAUUACAAGGACUGCUGAAGCACGUCAGUGUGGGACCUGCUGGUGUCUGGGGAGUCAAUUCGACCAAUCAGAUCCACAAACUUGUGAAGGGAGAUUGGGUCCCUGUUCCAGGCAUGCUCAAACAGGUGGACGCUGGAGGAAAGAUGUUCGUAGCCGGUGUCAACCCGGGCGGUUUGGUCUUCUGCCUUGGUGCAGAAGCCACCACUAAAUAUGCAGGGCCAGGUAGUCCUGCUUCUUGGACACAACUCCCAGGAAAGUUGAAGUACUACAGCUGUGGACCGCACAGUUGCUGGGGAGUAAACGUAGAAGAACAAGUAUUCCUUAUGAAGGGCGUCACUCCGACUGCUUGUGCUGGCUCCUUAGAAUGGCAGCAGAUACCUGGAGCUCUUUCUAUGAUUGAAGUUUCCACUGAUGGAAAAGUCUAUGGGCUGGACUCAGAAGGAGAUGUCCAUCAAAGGGAAGGUGUCGCGCCUUGCAACCUUGCUGGCACUGGGUGGCGCAAAAUCAACCUUUCUCAGAAAGUCAGACAUGUUUCCUACGAUCUCGGCUACCUGUGGCUCGUCGGCAGAGACAACCACAUCACAUACUGCACUGAAUAAAACAUAAUAUAUGGAAUAAUAUCAAGUUCAAAGUUCUCACAUCAUGAGCAGAAACCUAGAAAGCUUUUGAAAAAUGCUUACAUGAUCCAUAAUCCUCUUUUCACUAAUUUCCCUUUGCUUGUGUAUUUGACCAAAUAUUGCAAAUGAUGUUAAUAAACACAGUUAUUCUGAUUGAGCACCUUUGAA